AUGAUUCUCAGACAUGCAGCAGUAGAGAACCGCACGGGGGUCGUGCUGUUACUCCUGAGCCGGGGCAUGGACCCAUGGGACAUCACCGCAGGCCCCUCCACAAUCUGCUGGGCUGUAUACGCCGGACAUGCGGAGCUGGUCCGAUUAUUAUUGAAGGAUGUCGAACAGCGCGCACUGUGGCCCGCCAUCAAGUGCCACGCGAUCGGAGAGGCACUAUGUGCAGCUGUGAAACGAGCCAGUAACGAGGCUGUCAUCCGCAUGUUGCUCGACGCGGGUGCUGAGGUUGAUUUCCGGAGGAACGAUACCAUCACCACUCCGUUGGCCAUCGCGGCCAACUUCAAACAGGUGUCUGCGACAAAGCUUCUGCUGGAGGCUCGCGCGAACGCGAAUAUUACCAAUAGCGACAGAGGGGGCCCGCUUGCUUGCGCUACCCUAUGGGAGCCAAUGCUCGGCUCGGCCUGGCUUUGGCCUCCGGAAAGAAGGAGGCUUCGUAUAGGCCGUCGGGGGCGAAGAAUUUGGGAGGAGCCCAUUGUAUUGGUCGAUACCCUGGCUCGGGAAUUGAAUGAACAGCUCCGCUCGUCGCCUCUAUAUCAUUCAACAUGUCUAUAUAAUUUACAAAACUUAUGA